AUGGUCGCAACGGAAGCGGCAGCAGUGACAGAGGCGAUGUCCACCAAAGAGGCGACUGCGCCUACAGCAAAGACGCCUUGCAAAGUCGACAUCUCCCUCGCUCACGUGGAUGACCUGGACGAGAUCGUACAAGCUUCCAUAGACGGCUUCGGCAAGGAUGCAAUGUUGACGUUCUUCAUGCCCAAUGGUCCCACCGAAAAGGCCCAGCGCGGAUGGAGGUGGUUCUACGAACAACAGCUGCGACACCCGGCCAAUAGGAUCUGGAAAGCUACACGGCCUGGAACGAGCGAGAUCAUAGGCAUGCUAUCGCUCGGAUGGGUCCAGAGGGAUGAGUCUGGCACACUCCUGCCGCCAAUAUGUCCCAUGAAUGACCUCGACAACCCCUUCUUUGCGGAUACUACCAUUGAGCCCGACUUCAAUCUGACCGGCACGAAAGAAAUCGUGAAGAUUGCGCAAGCAGCAGAGAGCAAGUUCAUGGCGGGCAGAACGUAUAUCAUAGGAAUGAAUCUGUUCAUCAUUGGCUCCUUGCAGAACGCAGGCAUAGGGAGACAGCUCGUCGCUGCCGGUAUGGAAUGGGCUAAAGAGCAAGGACUACCCAUCUUUUGCCUUGCGAGCCCGGCAGGAUCGCUCCUGUACAGAAAGCUGGGCUUCAAGGAGCUCUCACGCAUAACGCUUGAUCCCAGCAAUCCUGAUAGGGUCUCGCUGGGCAUGAUACUUGAUGCCGACUGA